AUGUCAACGGGCAAACCCGAUAAGACUAAAACUAGACUGUCCGUGCCCUCUACUAGCGCCGCUAGAGUUUCGCCUAACCCCCCUGUGCCUAGAUCCAAGAAGGACUCGGCUCUUCGUGCAUCCAGCACAUCACCGAUCCCCGCACGGUCAGCUAGUGUUUCGCCCACUUCCGGCACCAAGCCUCUGAUCCUCGUGACCAAACCUCCGUCGGUUCCUUCGACCAAGGCUGCUUCCGUCCCAGUUCCUCGGCUGCCAAUUGUUACGCGUUCUCACAGCAAAAUGGCACACAAUGUGGUAGACUCGGCAUUGAAUAAGUUCAUCGCCGCGACUGACCGUGUCAGUCACUUUGCGUUGCGACUUAACAAUGCUUCUACUGACAGCGCGUCCCUGUACACGUGCCAGGUCCGGAGGGACCAGAUGCGUGCCUUGUGGGACAAGGUCGAGAAGGAGUACGAGGCUUGCUUCUGCGUCAUGUCGGAUGAAAUGACGACAGACGAAUUGCCUACCAUUCAGGCAAAAUAUGAUUACUGCUAUAUUCUCUAUGAGCAGUGGUCCGCUCAGCUAAGUGAGCAAAUAGCUGAUGCCUCCCAGGCCAUCACUCCACGUACACCCGUACAACCCCAAGCCGUGCCGUUCGUGUCCACAGGGUGUCGCCUACCUCCGUGCGACACCGAAGUUUUCGGAGGCGAUUACACUCGCUGGCCCACCUUCCGAGACUUAUUCACGGCUAUCUACAUCCGAAAUCCUAGACUGUCGGAAGUUGAGAAACUUUUCCAUCUCAACUCCAAGACCAGCGGUGAAGCCCAUGCCAUUGUGUCAAAGUCUCCUUUGACCAAUGAAGGGUUUCAGUCGGCGUGGUCCAGCUUGACUGAGCGUUUUGAGAACAAACGGUUGCUCGUGAACAGUCAGCUGCGUAUCCUUUUCAAUUUGCCCGCCAUUGGGCAAGAGUCGGGUGCAGCCAUUCAAGAGUUGCAGAGCACCAUCCAAGGGUGCUUGACGGCCUUAGAGCACUCAAAGAUCAACACGGAGAAUUGGGAUUGCAUCCUGGUUUUCCUGUGUUCUUCGAGGCUCCCCAAAUUGACCCUUUCUCUUUGGGAACAGUCCAUACAGAAUAAGAGCGACGUUCCAACGUGGGCUGACAUGAACGCUUUCCUUCUAGAACGGUAUCGCACCCUAGAAGCGAUAGCGGAAGUGUCAGCCAGCACGAGCGCUCCGACGGUUCCACGGGCCUCACGUAAGGAGGCCCCCGUCGCCAAGCAGGUAAACUCCUUUGAGAGUCGGGUAACUUCAAAAACCCAGUCCUGCAAGUUGUGUUCCCGGGAGAAUCACCCGAUUCGUUUGUGCCCUCGUUUCCUCCAGAUGGGUAUCAAUGAUAGGGUCAAUUAUAUAAAGCAACAGAAGCUGUGUCUAAAUUGUUUCGCACGAGGCCAUAUCCUGGCCGAGUGCACAAGUGCGCACAGCUGCUUUACUUGCAAGGGUCGUCAUCAUACACUCUUGCAUCGAGUGAGCCCGGCGCCGACAGUCACAACCCCCAUUCCAUCUCAUAUACAGUCCACUUCCACCCAGUCAGCUAACGUCCAAUCUUUCGUGGCAGUUAACACACAAGGUGUUCUGCUCAGCACAGCUGUCAUUCACGUAUGCCAUCUCGGCGUCCGUUAUACAGCUCGGGCUCUGAUCGACUCCGGAUCAGAAGCCACCUUCCUCUCAGAGAAGUUGUUCAAGCGCUUGAGGAUGCCGUAUACAUCCGUGCAAGCCCGCGUUUCUGGGCUGACGCAAGCUGUGGCAGCCCAGCCCCGAAAGUUUUGCCAAUUCUUAAUUGGCUCCCCGGUCAGACCCGAUUUGCAGAUCGAGGCGUCGGCGUACGUCCUCCCCCAGUUAGCGGGGAAUCUGCCCUCAUGUUCUGUCCCACAAACACUCCUCGAAAAUCUGCCCAGCAUCCAGCUGGCAGACCCCAAAUUCCAUGAGAGUUCGCAGAUUGAUGUGCUACUAGGCGCUGACAUCCUCCCGUCCAUUCUGCUCGGCGGCUCUCACCCUAACAUUUGUGGGACCCUCCUCGGUCAAGAGACCAUUUUCGGUUGGAUCCUGACUGGCCCUGUGUCGGGAUCCAGUUCAAAAUCCAUUUCGUCCUUUUCGGCUCGACGGUCCGUCGAGCGAACUCCGCCAUUGGAGGAACUCCUCUCCAAAUUUUGGGAGGUGGAGGACCUGCCGGCUAGCCCAGCAAAAGAAUCUGACCUUUUUUGUGAGGCUAACUUCAACGCCACGACCGUGCGAACCUCAACGGGUCGCUACAUGGUCACGCUCCCAUUCCGCGAUCCUGGUCACGUUGACCUGGGUCACUCGAGGGCUACCGCUCUCGCUCAGUUCCUGAGAAACGAGAGCCGUUUAAAGAGGAACGACUCUCUGAAGGAACAAUAUGACUCCGUUAUUCGAGAGUAUCUGGAUUUGGGUCACAUGACUCAAGUCCCCCCAUCCAGUUCCGGCAACUAUUAUUUGCCGCAUCACGCUGUUCUCAAGCCCGACAGCACCACCACAAAGCUCCGCGUUGUAUUCAACGCCUCCAGCCCGACUUCAAACGGGAAGAGUCUGAACGACAUCCUCCACACUGGGCCAAUCCUUCAAUCCGACCUGACCAUUCAAAUCCUGAAAUGGAGGUUUUUCAAGUUCGUCUUCAACGCUGACAUCACCAAGAUGUAUCGGCAAAUCCUUGUGGAUCCCAACCACACCCGGUUUCAAAGGUUGCUCUUCCGUACUCCAGACGAGAAGUUAUGCGACUUUGAACUCAACACAGUCACCUUUGGAGUGAACUGUGCUCCGUACCUGGCUAUCCGCGUUCUGCAUCAGCUUGCGAGUGAUGUUCGCGACCGCUACCCCCUUGCUAGUGACAUCAUCGCCAAUUAUAUGUACGUUGAUGACGUCCUAGCAGGAGCUCACACUAAGCAGGCUGCGGUGUCUGCUAUAGAUGAGCUUCGAACAGCGCUCGAGAGUGCUGGGUUCCCUUUGCGUAAGUGGACCUCGAACUCGAAAGAUGUGCUGAGAAGAAUCCCUAAGGAUCACUUGCUCUGUGCAGACUUCCCCGAGAUCGACGAAGCUAGUGUCGCAAAGACGCUAGGCAUUCGUUGGCGGGCCACGUCCGACGAGUUCUUUUUCGUCACCGCCGAGAUGGUGUCCAAACCAUCUUUCAGUAAGAGAGAAGUGCUGUCGCAGAUCGCCAAGUUGUUCGAUCGUGCAGGUUGGCUUGCUCCCGUGGUCAUUUGGGCCAAGAUUUUUAUGCAAGAAAUCUGGAAGCAAGAAAUCGGCUGGGACGACUCCUUACCGGCGGAUCUCACAGAGCAGUGGACCAGUUUUCUGCGGAACUAUUCGUCCUUGCAGGACAUCCGCAUUCCUAGAUGGACCAAGUACACUCCCGGCGCGAAAAUCCAAUUCCACGGUUUUUGCGACGCCUCUCAAAGCGCGUAUGGAGCCGCUCUUUACGCACGUAUGGAAACAGCUGGACAAGUGUCUGUGAGCCUUCUAGUAGCGAAGACUAGAGUGGCACCUAUCAAGACGGUCUCUCUACCUCGUCUUGAGCUGUGCGGGGCUCUCCUGUUGGCAGAAUUAUCCGCCGCCCUCCUACCACAUUUUCCCACCCCCGACGCUGAGACGUACCUGUGGACAGAUUCCACUAUCGUUCUGGCAUGGUUGGACAAGCAGCCAUGCAAGUGGACCACUUUCGUGGCGAACCGAGUGGCCAAGAUUCACUCGGUGAAUGGCACAUGGCAGCAUGUUCGUUCCGAACACAAUCCAGCCGAUCUGGCAAGCCGCGGUGUCUCGCCGCAAGAGCUACUGGCCAGUCGCCUUUGGUGGCAGGGGCCUGAAUGGCUGACGCACUCACCAGCGCAGUGGCCUUCACCAGUCAUUGGGCUCGAUACUGAAUUGGAGUGUCGAGCGGUGAAGGUCCAUGCAGCGCAAGUCCUAUGUGAGGACUUCCUCGACCGUUUCUCCAGGUUCAAUCGAGUGCUCCGAGUGUUUGCGUAUGUGCGAAGGUUUGCCCAGCGUUGCCGCCAUCCCAAGGUCUCGUUUCCAGAGACGCUCAGCUCUCAAGAGCUUGCAGAAGCUCAAGAGAGGCUGAUUGUACAGGCUCAGAAUCGGGUAUACGCGAAAGAGUGUGCUUCCCUCCGGUCCCAUAAUCGUCUAAUCGGGUCAAGCGAUAUCCUAAGCUUGAAUCCGUUCCUUGACAAGCAAGGUGUCCUGCGUUCGUGUGGACGCGUAAGAGCGUCCACCUCCUUAUCCUACGACGAACGGCAUCCAAUAAUUCUCCCGUUCGGCUGCGUGUUCUCACGCCUCCUGGUUUCCUUCACGCAUCAAGUCUCCCUCCAUGGAGGCAACCAAUUGGUGAUGCGGCUGGUCCGAACCAAGUUCUGGAUUCCCAAGCUAAGGAACUUGGUGAAGACAGUGAUUAGUGCAUGCAAGACCUGUGUGAUUUAUCGCCGCAAGCUCCAGUCGCAGUUGAUGGGUGAUCUCCCAAGCGCCCGGUCGACUUUUUCGCGACCUUUCACUAACUCCGGAGUAGACUUCGCCGGUCCCUUCGACGUCAAGAGCUACGUCGGACGGGGCUGCAAGAUUACGAAGGGAUACGUAUGUGUCUUCGUGUGCUUCAGCACGAAGGCAAUCCAUCUUGAGGCGACCACGGAUCUGACAGCGGAAAAGUUCUUGGAAGCUUUCUCCCGAUUCGUGGCACGGCGCGGGUGCCCUCUUCACAUGUACUCUGACAACGGGAAAACGUUCGUCGGAGCCUCCUCCAUUCUCUCCAAAGAAUUUGUGGAGAGCACCCGCAACCUGAUUGUCACCACUCACAGCCAUCAAGGUCUUGCAUGGCAUUUCAACCCACCUGGUGCCCCUCACAUGGGGGGUCUCUGGGAAGCAGGCGUCAAGAGUUUUAAGACGCAUUUCUACAAGACGGUUUCCUCCGUAAAACAUACGUUCGAGGAGCUUUCCACCCUCCUUUCCAAAAUUGAAGCGUGCCUCAAUUCGCGGCCUUUGUCUCCUAUGUCAGAGGAUGUGAGCGACUUGGCGGCACUUACUCCCGGUCAUUUCCUGAUCGGGGGUCCGCUACUCUCCAUGGCGGAGCCAGAGUCCAGAGAGGAUGUGGAGUCCAUCCGCAACCGCUGGCAACGGCUCAAGGCUCUCCAUCAGCAUUUCUGUGUGCGAUGGAAGAACGAAUAUCUGAAGGAAUUGCAUAAGCGGAAUAAGUGGCAGUCACCUUCACGCGAUCUCCAAAUCGGUGACAUGGUGGUCAUCAGAGAGGAGAAUAUACCGCCACAAGAAUGGCGCCUCGGGCGUGUGCUGACCGCUUGCCCAGGCGCUGAUGAAAGGGUCCGUGUGGUUGACAUCCAGACGUGUCGUGGUGUUUUCCGCCGACCAGUUGCAAAGCUGGUCCUCCUUCCUACGGGACACGCGCUCUGA